UCAUUAUUAUCUCUGCCUUUGAUUGUAGGUUCCAAACCCUGAAGUUUCACUUUGCUCACAUGGCAAGUAGUUCAGUUUCGGUUCUGUGCUGUGUAGUCAGAGAGGUGGGAGGGGCUUCUGCAAUUCUUCGUGAAAAGUAUAAGAAGAGGUAUUCACAUUUGUUUUUCCCAAUCCACGAAUGUAUCAGGAUUUUUUCACCAGGUACUGGGCAAUGACCAUUGGUUUUCUUCCUCUCUGCUAAUACUGCUAACCUGCAUUUACAGAAUCCUCCUGUUCCACUCCAUCUCUCAACCGUCUUGACCAGUCAGAUAAAUACUGAAGACUCGCGAUAGUUCAGUAAAAGGGUCUCUCAGAAGAGGAAGGAAGAUGGAAUUUUCUCAGUCACUGAUCAAGGUGCCAUGCUCUCCAGUGACCUAUGGAGUAACUGAGAAUUACCAGCCGUUGAUCUUGAACUCAGGUCCCAGUGAGCGUUUUCCAAACGUAAUUCCAUUCAGGACUCCAUUACCCAUGACCAGUAACCAGAAGGAGCAGAGGAUGGAGGAGAAAAUGACGUCCAUCUUGUACGAUGAAUACGAGGAGAAGGUUCGCCCCUGCAUCGAUCUCAUCGAUUCUCUGCGAGCCCUGGGGUUGGAGAAGGACAUGGCGCUGCCCGCCAUUGCCGUGAUUGGAGAUCAGAGUUCGGGGAAAAGCUCCAUCCUGGAAGCGCUGUCCGGAGUCUCUCUCCCCAGGGGCAGUGGUAUCGUUACUCGGUGUCCACUGGUCCUGAAAUUGAAGAAGCUGAUGCCUCAGCAGCCAUGGAGAGGGAAAAUUGCUUACCGGGCCCAGGAAAUUGAACUGCAAAGUUCCUUGGAGGUAGAAAAAGAAAUAAACAAAGCUCAGGACGCUAUUGCCGGAAAAGGAGUGGGCAUUAGCCAUGAGUUAAUUUCACUAGAGAUCAGCUCCCCUAUUGUCCCAGAUCUGACCCUGAUUGACCUUCCGGGGAUCACCAGAGUGGCAGUGGGCAAUCAGCCCCAAGACAUCGGCAAUCAGAUCAAAUCGCUAAUCAGGAAGUAUAUCCAGAAGCAGGAGACAAUUAAUUUGGUGGUGGUGCCGAGUAAUGUGGACAUAGCUACCACAGAGGCACUAAGCAUGGCACGGGAAGUGGACCCCAGUGGAGAGAGAACUCUGGGAGUCCUGACGAAACCAGAUCUGGUUGACCAAAGCGCCGAGGAGAACGUCGUGGAUGUGAUUCGAAACCUCACCAUCCACCUGAGGAAGGGCUACAUGAUCGUGAAAUGUCGGGGUCAGAAAGACCUUCAGGACCGACUGAGUCUGACUGCCGCAAUUGAAAAAGAGAAACUUUUCUUUGAAGAGCAUCAACAUUUUAGAGUCCUCCUGGAAGAAAAGAAGGCCACAAUUCCCCUCCUGGCUGAGAGAUUGACUGUCGAACUCAUCGAGCACAUUAAAAAAUCUUUGCCCAUGUUAAUAAAGCAAAUAAAGGAGAGUCACCAAAAUGCCACUGAAGAGCUACGCAAAUGUGGCACCAAUAUUCCGGAAGGAGGAGGAGAGAGGAUGCUUUUCCUGGUGGAUAAAAUUAAACUGUUUAAUCAGGACAUCUCUGCCUUGAUGCUAGGAGAAGAAACUGUGAAUAAUAAUGAGAAACGGCUAUUUACAAAACUCCGAGCAGAAUUUAAAAAUUGGGGACAAAAGCUCAAAACCAGUUCUGCUACCGUCCAAAAGGUCAUAAAUGAAGAAGUCUUGAAGUAUGAAAAUCAAUAUCGUGGCCGAGAACUCCCAGGGUUUGUCAACUACAGUACGUUUGAGACCAUUAUGAAGCAGUACAUCCAGCAGCUGGAAGAUCCAGCAAUUGAUUUGCUUCAGCUAGUGGCCGAAAUCGUCUGCGAGACUUUUUCAACCGUCGCCCAGAGAAAUUUUGAGGAUUUUUCCAAUCUUCGCAGAACUGCUAAGAACAAGAUUGAAGAAUUGAAGCAAGAGCAACAGGAAGAAGCAGAGAGAAUGAUCCGACUGCAUUUCAAAAUGGAAAAGAUCAUUUAUUGCCAAGAUGAAAAGUACAGCAGCAUUUUGCAACAGGUCAAGGGAGUCCCCCCUGAAGGAAAUGUAACCGGAUUUCAAACCAAAACAAAUAGCUUCUCUUUCCAUAUGGCCUUAUACACCCCUGCUACUGAACUGGCUCAACACCUAAACGCCUACUUCAAAGAGGCCAGCAACCGCCUCACUAACUACAUCCCAAUGAUGGUUCAGUUCUUUGUUCUUCGGAGCUUUGGCGAUCAUUUGCAGAAAGAGAUGAUGAUCCUGCUACAAGGCAAGGACCAGUUGGAUUGGCUACUUAAGGAGCAGAACGACACGGUCAUCAAGAGGCAGUUCCUGAAGGAGCAGAUUGGGCGGCUGACUCUCGCUCGUCGCCGUCUGUCUAAAUUCCUGGGCUAAAGGGGUUAUUAUGAUGGGCAGCAGCUCUGGCCUGUGAUUCUUUCGUUUGCUGCUCUUCAUUAACGUUGUGAAGUUGUAAAGGUACCAUUUUCCUCUCACAGUGGGCCAACUCCUUUUCAGGGCUCUACGCUCUAAACUUGCCAAGGCUUUGUAGCUAACGGACGGCCUGGGGUCCUGGGCCAGAUUGGGCAUCUGAACUGAAAUUUCAUUGUUUGCCACCACUGAGCCUAUUUCUGACCUCGGUUCUCCUCCCCCCAGCCUCCGUGGCUAAAGCUAGCCCAUCUGGGCCCUUCCUACAAAUAGGAGCACUCCAAACACACCACCAUGGGGACUCACCUUUUCACAAACCCCUCUCAAUGGGACUCCUAUGCAUAACAAUGGCAUUUGUUCUCUUAGUAUGUGCCAAGCACUGUUCUAAACACUAGGGAAAUAUAGGAUAAUCAGAUAAUAAUAACAAUACUAACAAUAAAUAUAAAAUAAUCAAGCCCCGGUCCCUUUUGGGUUCACAGUCUAAGAGGGAGGGAGAGCAGAUAUUUUAUCCCCACUUUAUAGAUGAGAAAAUUGAGGCACAGAGAAGUGAAAUGAUUUGCUCAAAGAUCCCAAAGCAGGGAUUGCUAGAGCCAGGAUUAAAAUCUGGGUGCCCUGAUUCCCAGUUCCUUGCUGUUUCCGCUAGGCACAGUACCUCGGGCUCUUGGAGGGGAGGGGAGGGAGAGAAAUGGGAAUGUGGGAAGCAUGUCUCUUUCACUAGCUCCAUUAUUGCCAACCCAGUGCCACUGUUGACUGUUACCUUCCUUUAGAUCCCAACUGUGUUCAGUGGUCCCUGCCACACCCAGGGUCCACCCCUCUGCUUCCCUAAUCGAUCCCCCACCUUGUUUCCCCUCCUUUCCUGUCACCGCCUUUUCCUGCAGAUCCCUCUUUUCAUCCCCAGUUGUCUAAUUGUUUUGUCAAAUUAUAAAAUUCGUUUACUCGA